UGGCGGCUGUGUGGAUUCUUGAGUCGCGCCUGUCUUCACAGGAGAUGCAGUUGCGCCAACUUAGUACUGCGUUGGAGCAGCUGCAGAGGGAAUGUGAGGACGUGCUUGGCGGUCCGGAACUGCAUUUCCUCAGAGAGGAGAAUGAGAAGCUCAAAUACCGGCGGCUGCAUCUGGAGCGCAGCCUUCGGGCCGAGCUGGGGAAGGGAACGGCCGGUAGCUGGUCAUCGCCGCAGGAGAGAGGGUCCGAAGCCCAGGUUACUUAUGAUCCUAAUAAUUUCAGGUCAGUUCUGGAGGGUCAACAAACUGAAGGAGCAAGAAUUGUUUUUCUUCCAUGAGCUCAGCCCUGGGAGCUGUUUCUUUCUGCCAAGAGGAGCUUUUAUUUACAACACGCUAACAGCAUUUAUACAGGAGGAGUAUCAUAGACGUGGAUUCACUGAAGUGAUCUCUCCAAAUAUCUACAGCAGUCGGCUGUGGGAAGUGUCUGGCCACUGGCAGCACUACCGUGAGAACAUGUUUAGCUUUGAGGUGGAGAAGGAGGUAUUUGCACUGAAACCCAUGAAUUGCCCCGGUCAUUGGUAUGUGUUAAACACUUGGGCUACUAUUAGAAUAUUACAAAUUUGUCUGCUUUUUGGAAGAGAUGUUCAGAGGUUAGUUUGUAAUGAACAUAAGUCAUGGUGAGGCAGUCUUUGUUGUUGUUCUAAUGUCCUUGGAGUCAAGCAGAUACUGUGGAUCUAUGUACACCUGUUGAGGCUGGGUGCUGACUGCAAAGGAUGAGGAGCUAUAUGUCUAGAUUUAGAUUUAUUAUCACAUGUAUUUAAAAAUACUGUGAAAAGUGUCUUUUGCGUGUUGUACAUAGUGUUGCCAUGUUUCGGUGCUAACUUGAGUCACAAUAUAAUGCAAGAUUUUACUUUCUGUCUUCAUCUUGUUCCUCCUCUGCUGCUCCUCCAGUUGUUGCUUGACAUCAGCUGGGGUCUCUGUAAUGGGCUCUGGGGUCUUCGUUAUGGGCCUCCGCCUAUGCCACAAUUGUGACUGCCAUGUCUGAGCUGGGGCCAUGGGCGCAGGUUACGUACCUUCUGUUCCCCAGCCGAUGCUCCUCCAGAUGCUGCACCAGUCAUUGAUCAGCGGAGUCCUCCGCCAGCACUUCUGCUCUUUCUGGCAGCUGGGCCAGCUGCAGACCUGGAGCCUCGGCUCAGCCUGUGAGUUUGCACUGGGAGAGUCAGCCUGGGACCUCCUCGCUUGCCAGGUGACCCUGGGCUGGAAUGGAGCUAUGUCCGGUUCAUCCUAGCAUUGCUGUCACUGCCACUGGAUGCCGCCUCCUUCACCGGUCACUCUCCAGUUUUUAAAGAGAAAGAGCAAAAGCAAAAAAAUAAAAGAAAGCAGAUGGGAGCGGACAAGCCCCAGGCUCAGCGCUGCUACUCUGCCGCCAUCUUGGAGUUGAAGGGAUGAGGUGUUAUGAACCAGAUCAGGCCCCCUCAAAAAUAUUUUAAAAUGGCAGACCCGACUUUAAGCAAAACACAGUGUAGUUCAUUUAAACAGUGUAGUUAAAGUACAACUAAAGAAGGAAUUUAGAAUAACUUCGCAGAUGGGAAACUUAACAGAAUAAUAGAUAGAGAAACUAUUCCUCAUUAACUGUUCCAAUAUUAGUAACACCAUUCGCAAAAAAGAAAAUUCAGGCACAGAUUCUCACAUGCAGUUUUCCAAUCCAGAAAGGAACAAAGCUUCAAGAGAAGAUUCAGAGAGAGUAGCAGCCAAGAGACAUUCACUAAAGCUGCCAACUCUUUUGAGACCCCAAUAUGUUCUGAUGUUACUGAAAAAAAACCAAAACCCAGAAAGCUGGAUCUGAGAGAGCUGGCUGCACCCAUUCAGGCUGUUUUAAAAAAAAAAAAACUCAAGUCAUCUUUAGCCAGUUCAGAGCCUCUGCCAUACAUCCUCUCUUCAAAACAAAAUAACCUGAUGACAGCAUCGUCACACUUCCGCCCCUUUAAAAAAGAAUCCUCCAUAUGCGAAGAUGGCUUCAUUUUUAAAACCCUUAGUCUUGCUGGAUGAGUACACUACAAUACAUGUACAUUAUAUUGACUGUAAGCGUGCAAACAUUCACUGCUAUAAUCUAUUUCAUCCCUUUACUCCCGCCACCCAACGGCUCCAUUUUUCUUCAUUAAAGCCAUAACAAUACUUUGGCGGUUACGUUUCUCAUCCUGCCACAUGUAUAAUUUUCACAUUGAAUGGCUGCAAUAAUAAACUCCAUAUAAACAGUC